AUGUCGACAAAGAGAAAAUCGAUAUGCUCGAGUUUGGGGCAAGAUUCUGAUAAAGAGGAAAGUUGUUCAAAGUUUAACUCUCCCAAACUUAAAGCUCGUAAAUUCAGAGAGUUUAUAUGUAUAAAAGGCAAUAAUUCCGCAAUAAUAGCUUUUCCUUUAUCAGAAGUAAUUGAAAAACAAGUUUCUUGA